AUGUUGCGAAGCCAAUCGAGCCUAAGUCUGAGCCAGACCGACGGCGCCAGAGAAGAUGGCGUCUCGCCUGCCCCCAACCUCGCAAACUCGACAAUGUCCGGUCCCAUGAACCUAUCUGGUCUUGUGUGCAACGUGCGCAGGACAACCGGCCGUGAACCUCGAGCUCUCGUCGGUGCGACCACAACAAUUCUGGGCGAUAAAUUAUACGUGUUUGGCGGCCGCUCCGUUUCCAGAUCUCAUUCACACGUGCAACUCACUUCGGACUUGUACGAGCUGGACUUGGUGCGGAGACAUUGGUCAAAAGUGGAGGUCUCUGGCGACAUUCCUGCUCCGCGGUACUUUCAUAGUGUGUGUGCGCUUGGGGAUACGAAGUUGGUCUGUUAUGGAGGAAUGUCGCCGGCCGAUUCGACAUCGCAACAGCAUAGUUCGGAUGAGCAGACAGACGUGCAAGUCAUGUCCGAUAUACAUAUAUACGACGUUAUUACACAGAUGUGGACUCGCUUGCCUGCAAAGGAUCCGCCGCUAGGUCGAUAUGCGCAUUGUGCCACGAUACUGCCUUCAAGUGCAUGCUUCACAUCGGCCAAUGCGCCACUUUCUGCUAUACACAAUAACCCGUCGUCAGGCAACCCACAUCAAGGCUCGAUCGGACCAGAUAUUGACGGUUAUGGCGGCGCUGAAAUGAUUGUUGUGGGCGGACAAGACACUUCCAACCACUACAUUGAACAAAUUAGUGUCUUUAAUCUGCGCAGUCUAAAGUGGACGUCUACCUCCCCGCUAGGUAGGAGUUGCGGUGCUUAUCGCAGCGUGGUCGCACCGUUGACUGGCAUGGAUGUAUCAGAGCUCGGCAGCGCAACCGAAGACGGCGCCAGUAAUCAGUCCGCCGAUACUUCUGAGACUGGCACCUCAAUGCUGAUAUAUUCCAACUAUAACUUCUUAGAUGUCAAACUGGAACUCCAGGUACGACUUCCUGAUGGCCGCUUAUUGGAAAAGCCCAUGUACGGGGAGGCGUCUCCUCCAGGAUUACGAUUCCCAAAUGGAGGGAUCAUCAAUAAUCACUUGGUUGUUAGUGGUACAUAUCUUACAUCAUCUAAACAAGAGUACUCUCUAUGGGCAUUGGAUUUGAGAACCCUUACCUGGUCACGCAUCGACGGCGGCGGCACUGUUUUCAGCAACGGCAGCUGGAAUAGGGGAGUUUUGUGGGAGCGCCGAAACACGUUUGUCAUUCUCGGAAACCGGAAGCGAAGCCUGGUGGAUGACUACAACCAUCGUCGAAUCAAUUUCUCGCAUUUGUGCAUGGUCGAGUUGGAGGCUUUUGGUCUCUAUAAUAAUCCCUGUCGAACGUCGCCAACCUCUGGAUACACCUCCGUUAGCGCGCCCAUGGUCCCGGCUUCGUUGCAGUUGAAACUUGCGCAAUUGACAACCGGCGGCCGGCCGCUUUCAGCUGCGUCUGAUGAGCUGGGUAAAGUUGCGUUCUCAAUGCCUGAGAUGGCAGACAUGGAACUGCAAGCUCUAGGUGGCGAACGCAUACCGGUUAGUUCUCGGAUGUUGGCUAGACGAUGGGGACCGUUUUUUAUCCAGUUGCUACGUGAGGCAUCUGAUCCGGGCAUUGCAGAGACGGCGACCUUGCGCGGUGCUGCCGGCGCAGGUGGACCUGGUCAUCCGAGCCGCAAUUCGAGUAUUACAAUUACACCCUCUCUAGGAUCAGGUAACAGCUUCUCCAAUGCUAGCACAUUAGCUAGCGGUAGCAGCCACAGCUUAUCAUCUCCGCACUCGCGUCUUCUCGCGAACCUGGACGUUCCAUCUGCGCAUUCAAUUGCGCCGUCUCUACGCCCACGCGUGUUGUAUCUGCCGCACACGCUUCAGACCGUUCGCCUUUUGGUCUAUUAUCUCUACACGUCAUCACUUCCUCCCGUGAAUUCUCCCCUCUGUACUCCUUUGAUUCUUUGCUCUAUAUUGCAACUGGCUCGCCCGUAUCAAGUUGACGGGUUAUUGGAAGCCACGGUAGAACGCCUCCAUCAAGUCCUCGACGGCCGCAACGCAGCCGCUGUCUUCAAUGCCGCUGCCAUGGCAGCCGGCGGCGGUCGCGGUACGGGAUUCAUCUCUGGCAUUGGCGGUACCCUUGAGGUUCUCAACGGUGUACACAACUCCCACAAGGGCUCCUCGGAAACCAUCGCCUCCGACGGAGUCGGAACCGGAGCCGGACCUGGCGGCCUGCAAACGCAAAACUCAUUCUCGUCUCUCUCCACCACAUCCGACUCCUCAGACACCGAACUCGGUCGCCAACAACAACAGCGACACAUCCGCUCCGACUCCGUCAUGAGUCAAACCCAACAACGACCGCUUAGAGUGAACACGAGCAUGUCUCGCUCUCGCAAUAAUAGCGAGAAUUACUACGAUGAUUCGUUCAGCGAUGCCAGCGCGUCGGGAGCGUCGUCCGCAACGUCGACGAGCUUCAGUCAUACGGACUCGGAUACGCUUGAAGAUGGCGGAAGUGGUAUCCGCAGUAAUCGUGCCCGGCACGGACGCCGAGGCACGGAUGCCGAGAGCCGCGGUGAGCGGCCGAUCUGGACUGGCGAUGUUAGCAGUGUGAUUGGAUUGCAGAAGAGAGGGCUCAAGGGGUUGAUGGAGGGGAGAAGGAUGAGGGAGAGAAGUGGCGGGAAGUCUGGGGUUGCUGUUGCUGUAGAUCAGUAA